AUGUCUCACAGAAAGUUCUCCGAGCCAAGACACGGUUCUUUGGGUUUCCUUCCAAGAAAGAGAGCCUCCCAACAGAGAGGUCACAUUAGAGCCUUCCCUAAGGAUGACAAGACUAAGCCAGUUCACUUGACUGCCUUCCUCGGUUACAAGGCUGGUAUGACCACCAUUGUCAGGGAUCUUAACAGACCAGGUUCCAACGUCCACAAGAGAGAGAUCGUUGAGGCUGCUACUGUCGUCGACACUCCAGAGUUGGUUGUCGUUGGUGUUGUUGGAUACGUUGAGACUCCAAGAGGUUUGAGAUCAUUGACCACUGUUUGGGCCGAGCAUUUGUCCGACGAGGUCAAGAGAAGAUUCUACAAGAACUGGUACAAGUCUAAGAAGAGAGCAUUCGCCAAGUACUCCGAGAAGUAUGCUAACGGUGCUGCUGACAUCGAGACUGAGUUGGCCAGAGUUAAGAAGUACUGCAGUGUCGUCAGAGUGUUGGUCCACACCCAGAUCAGAAAGACACCAUUGAGCCAGAAGAAGGCACACUUGGCCGAGAUCCAGCUCAACGGUGGAUCUGUUUCCGACAAGGUUGACUGGGCUAAGGAGCACUUCGAGAAGACUGUUCCUGUUGACACCGUUUUCGAGCAAGACGAGAGUGUUGAUGUUAUCGCCGUUACCAGAGGUCACGGUUACGAGGGUGUUACGCACAGAUACGGAACUACCAAGUUGCCAAGAAAGACCCACAGAGGUGCAAGAAAGGUUGCUUGUAUUGGACCAUGGCAUCCAUCCCAUGUUAACUGGGCUGUUGCCAGAUCCGGUCAGAACGGUUACCACCACAGAACCUCCGUCAACAACAAGGUUUACAGAGUUGGUAAGGCCGGCGACGAAGCUUCUGGUUCUACCGACUUCGACAGAACCAAGAAGACCAUCAACCCAUUGGGUGGCUUCGUUAAGUACGGUGAGGUCAAGAACGAUUUCGUCUUGUUGAAGGGUUCUAUUCCAGGUCCUGUCAAGAGAAUCAUCACCUUGAGGAAGGCUUUGCACCACCCAACCAACAGAAAGGCUUUGGAGAAGGUCAACUUGAAGUGGAUCGAUACCUCUUCUAACUUCGGUAAGGGUAGAUUCCAGACUGCUGCUGAGAAGCACGCUUUCUUGGGUACCUUGAAGAGAGACUUGGAGAACUAA